UCCGACCGCCCAGCAGCGAGUGAGUGCCACUCUUCGUCCCUCCCUUCGUCAGUUCCCUCCGGCCCGACCCUCGCCAGUCGCUCUUCCAACGCCGUCCGGGAAACCCACUCCUUCUCUAACCAUGAAGUCUUGUCGUUUUACGGAAACCCUGGCGGCGCACUUGAAGGCCUGGCGCGUUCUCCUGCUGUUGGUGGGAGCAGCGACGGUUCUCGAGGGAGCAGCAGGAGCAGGAGCAGGAGCAGACGCCAGCGGGAGGGUCGUCGUGUCCUUCCAGACUGCUGAUCAGGAGCAGUUCCAGUUCGGGCGUCCGGGAGAGGCGGUGUUCGGGGCCUAUAGCUGGACGAGCCCCGAAGGAUACCAGCUCGUGUUCCGGUACGUGGCUGACUCCUCCGGCUUCCGUGUGAUGGGCGACGCCGUGCCGGUAGAUUCCGAGGGCGUAGCGGCCAACGGCGAGCAGGUGAAGCCAGUCACCCCGAACGACGGCUUCGUGCUAAGUUGA